GCGGGGCGCCCUGGGGGCGGGGCUGUCUCUUAAAGGGCCCCCAGCCGCUGCCCUUAGGCCACUUCCUGGGGGCGGAGAGGACUUGAGCGGCUGCGGCAACACCGGGUGAAGGCGGCGGCGCCCGGGUCCCGAGACUCCCGGCUGCUCCCAUCAGAGUCCUCGGACACUCCCAGCUCCGACUGAGCGUGCAUCUUCGCUCCCUAGCCAAUACCGAGGCACCUCUGCCAUUGGCUCCAGUCAGCCCAGCCUCCAUCUCCCGGGACCCGCGCCGGAGCCAGGCCAGGCCUCUGACUGGCCCCGGGAGCCCUACGUGGACUCGCCCACGGCGACAGCGAUCUGCCCGAGAACUCCGAAGCUAGACCCUUCAAAGAGUCGGCCUUGUGCUAGCCACCGUCACCUGCUGGUUGGAUUCCGGAAACCCACUAUUUGAAGACGACAGAAAGGAAUCGCAGACCACCCAGAAUCGGAUGCGUCUGGGCCUAAAUCUCCGGCCCUCUCUGGCUUCGCUCUGCUCUUUUCAUCCGUUCUCUCAACCUUUCCGGUCUUUCUGUGCCCAGAAACCAUCCCCCACCAUCAAGGUACCUGGGGUGAGCCCUAAAUCUUGUUGUACUCCAAUCUGUACCUCCAGCCCAGCGACAGACUGAACCUUACGACCAAAUUCCACACACUCAGGAAAUUCCACCUUUUCUCUUUCAGUGUCUCCAGUAUUCCUCAAAAUUUCCCCUCCUCCUGUGCCCUCUUCGCCCCCCUCCUUUGGGGGCCCUGUGACCCUGAAUGUGGGGGGCACACUAUAUUCCACCACUUUGGAGACCCUGACUCGAUUCCCAGACUCUAUGCUGGGGGCCAUGUUUAGGGCCGGUACCCCCAUGACCCCCAACCUCAACCCCCAGGGAGGCGGUCACUACUUCAUCGACCGAGAUGGCAAGGCCUUCCGGCACAUCCUCAAUUUCCUCCGGCUGGGCCGCCUGGACCUGCCCCGAGGAUAUGGAGAGACAGCUCUUCUCAGGGCAGAGGCUGACUUUUACCAGAUCCGCCCCCUCCUGGAUGCCCUGCGGGAACUGGAGGCCUCUCGCGGGACCCCAGCACCCACAGCCGCCCUGCUCCACGCAGAUGUAGAUAGCAGCCCCCGCCUGGUGCACUUCUCUGCUCGUCGGGGCCCACACCACUAUGAGCUGAGCUCUGUCCAGGUGGACACCUUCCGGGCCAACCUCUUCUGCACCGACCCUGAGUGUCUGGGUGCCAUGCAGGCCCGAUUUGGUGUAGCCAAUGAGGACAGGGCGGAGGGAGGCCCACACUUUCAUCUGGAGUGGGCCCCCUGCCCCACAGAACUCCCCGAAGUGGAGUACAGGAGACUGGGGCUGCAGCCACUGUGGACUGGGGGGCCAGGAGAGCGACGGGAGGUGGUGGGCACACCAGGCUUCCUGGAGGAGGUGCUGCGAGUGGCUCUGGAGCACGGCUUCCGUCUCGACUCUGUCUUCCCUGACCCUGAAGACCUGCUCAACUCCCGAUCUCUGCGCUUCGUCCGGCACUAAGAAUUGGGAAAGCUGCCCUCAGUUUGACUGGGGGCAGGGUGGGGCGGGGUGGUGGGAAGAAAAGAUGGGUCAGGAAAGGGGAUGAAGGCUCUCCUGAGGCCUCUUCCUAACUCUGCUUUCGGGAGCUGUGAGAGUCAGGGAUCCACUGCACCUGACUGGAGUCCAUAUGUGGGCAGGAAUCCUCAAACCAGAGCCCACCAAAGGCUCACAAGACCAGAGGGUCUAGACGGGUGCUAAUCCUGGGAGGGGUGGGGAGGUUUCCUCGGGCAGGUUCUCACCUGAGCUGGGAAUCUCCAGUGUUUCCUUGGUUAGAGCUCAGUGUUCAGGGGUCUGGAAAAGUGGGAUGCUUCUCUGCCCAGGCUAGGCCUAGCAGAACCAUAGAGGGACACUGAGGUCUGGGGGAAAGAGGGACUU